AUGCGUCCUAUCAAACUACGAACACUAAUACAAAUGAUGGAUGAUGAGGAGAGAAACGCAUUGGAUUCUGUUCCGCCAGUUUCAAAAUCGUCAACUUUAUUCGCAUACCCUAUAUAUAUGAAGCAUUUAGAUAUAUGUGCGCUAAUAAGGGCGGCACGAUAUUGGGCUAAGCAGUGGUGGCCACUGACCGACCAAGUGAGCGCAAAGCGGCCGCCGUUGUUAGUGGUACCGCAGAUUGUAAAAUCGAUAUUGAGAUUAUUUAUCAGAUAUUCGGCAAAUGUUCUUACGCUUACGUUAGAUGAUUACAGAUGCAAUGAUUUUGUCGAGGAGGAAAUAUUGAUGUUAUUUGACAAAGAUCUAAGAAAAUUAAUAAGUACAACGAGAGACGUACGAGUGCGCUUCAGUACAGCUAAACACAAAGUUCUUCGAUAUCUUAGUGAAAGUUGCGGGCAUCUGGAAAGAAUCGAUGUCAAAAUUGCGAGCGAGUCAGCUUGUACAGAUUUACCAACUCUCACCGAUCUAAUAUCAUCUCAGCAAAAUUUGACGCAUUUCGUUUUUAGGGGUCGUUUGCUCAGAGAUUACAAAAGUGGCAGUGAUCAGAAUCAAUUGCAUGUAACGAAGAAGCUUCGCGAGUCAAUGAAAGCGCUUUUAAGACACUCUAAAACGAUACGAUCACUUGAAUUCUAUAAUAUCGCUCUUGUGGAUGUCCCAGCACUUUCAUCGUUUACCAACCUGGAAGAACUAAAAUUUCAAGAGUGUGCGGGAUUUCGGGAUGCAUUUGUGAAUGAUCUGCUGAAGAAUGACUUCAAAAAAUUACGAAAUGUAGAGAUUAGGUUCUGUGCUGGGGGUAACAAGCUUGAUGCAUGGGUUGAACAUUUUAAAGAUAGGGACCAUAGGGCAAUGUUAUCAUGA